UUUGUUUUGUAUGUUUUAAUCGCCGCAUGCGAGCAAUGAGCUUUAGAAAAUAUUACUCCUGGAAAUAUCCGGACGUACCCGAGGAUGUAGCGCCACUGCUGUUGGAGCUGAAGAAUUCGCUGGUUGUUGUUGGCGUUGUGGGUCGCUCGAAAUGUUCGCUGGCCAACAAGAUGAGCGUCUUUGGCAUGCAGCCCGAGGAAACGCAUGAGCCGGCGAAUGGGCAAAUUAUGUGCUACUACAAGCCGGGUACAAGUACACUGCUGUUGCACUUUGAGAGUACCCACGAUGAGGUGGUGCUGGGCCAGAAGCUGCUGGAGCAAACGUCGAUUGACUUCGACCACUUCUAUGGGAAUAUGCGUAGUCAGUUUGUGCGCAUGAUGCUGCUGGCGUUGCACACCUGUCACAUUGUUGUCUAUGUGGAGACGGGCCAGACAUUUGAUCCAGCACUGGUGACCAUUUGCCAGCUGUUGAAGUAUGUCCGCGAGCAGCAUCUGCUAGAAUUUCUGCCUCAAUUGUUGCGCGAAACAUCCGCCGGAAAUUUACUUGGGGAUCGAGCGCGUCUCUGCACGCCGCGUAUUCUGUUUAUUUUUGAGAACUAUCCAGCGGAUGUGGAGAAGACACGCGAAUUCAUCUCUACCCAUGAGUUCCAAACGGAGGACAAGAUUUACGAACUAUUCCGCCAAUAUAAUAUAGUCAUGCAGAGUGCCAGUAAUUCGCUGCUGGCGCUGCCCAACAAUAAACAAUUUGUUUUCUACAAUGCAAACGAGAUUCUACGUCCCGAUCGACUACUGCUUGCCAUUGAUGCGCUAAACGCGACCAUGUACAAGCAAGAUGUCAAGGAGGAGGAGGAGGAUUUGGAAAUCAUUGCACUGGCGCCAUUCGAGGGCUUUGUCAAGCCCUUUGGCGAUGCGUACACUGUGCGUAAAUCCGAUGAACAGCUCUAUAGGGAGAGUCAUACCGUUUGGCAUUUUCUGCAGCGGCAUGUGCAGGACGCACUGGAAGGCUGCUUCGACGAGGGCUCCUUUAAGCAGCUGUCGCAGUCACCACCGUUUCAACUGUUGAACUUUAAGACCUGGCACAUGUGCAUGGUCAGCAUACACAAAUUGCUCGUGGGCAAUGUUGAGGAUGUCAACUAUGUUUCAACGAAUGCACAUUAUCAAGCCUAUCUGCGAGACUUUACAGAGAGUCUUAACUAUGAGAAAAGAUUCUGGUACCAUCUGAGUGAACUGGGCUUGAAGAAGGGCAUCUCGGCGUAUAAGCAUUCAGCUGCAGUCACUUACGGGAGCGCAGCCCACAAGCAAAUGCUAGCGAAUGCCACACUAGUCUUCGAAGAGGAGGGACGUGGUCCAUAUGCGGAACUGGCGCUGGCCAAGCUCAACGAUGUGUGCCUCAGGUAUUGGCACGAUGGCCGGCAGCAGUGCGAGUUUCCCAGCCUGCGUGGGAAUCCCUGCAUCCUGCCGAGGGAUGUGUCACAUGAUAAGCAUAGCAGCGGCGUCGUGCACAUCUCCAGCUGCAAUUGUGGUCGCACACUGGGGAGGCGUGAGGAUCCAUACACGCUGCGACAGGCCAAUUAUGAUUACUACGAACACAUGGCAGUCAUGUGCAAUCUGUGCGUGAAAGUCAAAAGAUUUCAGUUUCCCGUUUUUACGCCAUCCAUCAGCGAUUAUCGCGCGGCGGCCUUUGAGGCAGCAUUUCCACUGCUGCUGCAGGCGCACAAGAAUCGUGCUGAGCCUCAAGUGGAGGAGGACAGCGAUCAGGAAGCGAAUGCAGCUGAGGAACCCUAUUCCCAGCCAGCGACCGAAGCGGAACCGGAACCCGAGAAGGAACCGCAAGCAUCGGCCAAUGAGUGGUCACAACCCAUGUCGGCCACCUAUGGCUCCGAUUUGAACAUGUCCAUUGCGGGUUUUGGUGUCUCCCUCAAAGAGGGCGGUGCGGAGGCGGAGGUCGAAGAAGCGGAGGUCUGUGACAAGGGUAGUCAGGACAACAGCACCAGCAGCGACACCUCCACUGAGAGUGAAAUCGAACUCCAGCCAAAGGAGCGCAGCGCUCAGAAAGCAAACCAAAUUGUGGCUCGAGAGAGUUUGUCCAAGGGAAUAAGGAGUGUGACACAUCAACCGGAGCUGAUAUCCACAACGGAAUAUCUGCCGGGACUGGUGCACAUGUGCAGCGGCUUGGAAUUGUUGCCGCUCUUCCCCAGCUGGUCGCUCGCGUGCGUCGGUCCCAGUUCCAUUUACAGUCACAACACCGGUUUGCAGGAGCACUUUCAGAGCGGCUUUCUAUCCGGCGCCAACUAUCUACUGCCCUGGGAUGUGCAAGUGCGUCUCGUCCAGCCGCACUACAAGCACCAGCAGCAACAGCUUAUGGGCAAGAAGAAUCAACGCUAUCGCAAGCAGGGCGAUCGGCUGGCCCUCAAGAUCUUCAUUGGGUUCGAAUACGAGUGCUCGCGUGGUCAUCGUUUCAUGAUGCGCAGCCCGGAGCGAGUACUCCGUGGCGGUGCGGAUAUUGAGCGCGACACCAGCACCAAGGUGAUCAACAACAACAUGCCCCUCUAUUUUCCAUGUCCUUGUCGGGCACAGAACACGUUUCUGGCGCAACUGAUGCGCAUUCAUGUCGUUACGCCCAAGGCGCCAGUUAACAUCAUUCUCGAUCCCAAGGUGCUUGUGGGCAAAUACACUUUCACCUUGGGCUGCUCCAUUUUGCCGAUGCUGUCGCAGAGCGCCUACUGGAUCCUGCGCCUCCCCUAUGUCUAUCAGGGCGACAAUGAGAUCAUUGCCCCACCCGAGAAGAUCGAACCCACUAAUAGGUUGGCCGGCGGCUGUAUCCUUGCUGGCUUGUUUGGCAUUGCCGAGACGGAGUCCAUGGAGCUCAAGGAGCCGCGCAUCACCUCGAUGACUUUUACACGACUACAGAGUCAUGCAUACAAAUAAUAAUAAAAAAAUCAAUAAGAUUGAUUUCUUUUUGUGUUGAAAAUUCCAGAGGACGUCUUGCGGAAUUCUAUGUGAAUAAUAAAACUACAUUUAUCAAGAUUUACUUCCCUAUAAAGUAGGGUUCCG